GGGACCCCGGGAGGAGGGGGAAGCCAGCCUUCAGACGCUUUAUUCGCCGAUGCGCUCCAGCUACCGAGAUCAGACCGUGGGUGACAGGAAACUCCACAACACCCGUUAAGAAUGGCGGAAAUUUACGACAAACAAAAGACGAUCGAAUUGAGGAGGAAACACGUCGGCCCGUCAUGCAAGGUCUUCUUUAGCCAGGAUCCCAUGAAAAUCGUCCGAGCCAAAGGCCAGUACAUGUAUGAUGAGAACGGCGAGCGGUAUCUGGACUGCAUUAACAAUGUGGCUCAUGUGGGCCACAGUCACCCGGAUGUGGUGAAAGCCGGCGCCAGGCAGAUGGAGCUACUCAACACCAACUCCCGCUUCCUCCAUGACAACCUGGUCCAGUACGCCCAGCGGCUGCAGGCCACCCUGCCCAAGCGGCUCUCCGUCUGCUACUUUGUCAACUCUGGCUCAGAAGCCAAUGACCUGGCCUUGAGGCUCGCCUGGCAGUUCACUGGCCACAAAGACAUCAUCACCCUGAACCACGCAUACCACGGCCAUGUCUCCUCCCUCAUCGCCAUCAGCCCAUACAAGUUCCACCAGAUGGAGGAGGGUGACGGGGACCAGUCUGUUCACGUGGCUCCCAGCCCUGAUAUCUACAGAGGGAAAUAUCGAGAGGACCACCCCGAUCCUGCCACCGCUUACUCAGAUGAGGUCCGGGACAUCCUGCAGAACGCCCACAAGAAGGGUCGCAAGAUUGCUGCUUUCAUUGCCGAGUCCCUGCAGAGUUGCGGAGGGCAGGUGAUUCCUCCGCCAGGCUACUUCCAGAAAGUGGCAGAGCACGUGCGGGGAGCGGGCGGGGUCUUCAUCGCUGACGAGGUGCAGGUGGGCUUCGGUAGGGUAGGCUCCCACUUCUGGGCCUUCCAGCUGCAGGGGCAGGACUUCUGCCCCGACAUCGUCACCAUGGGCAAGCCCAUCGGCAACGGACACCCCAUGUCCUGCGUGGUGACCACCCGCGACAUCGGCCAGUCCUUCAUGGCCUCCGGCAUGGAGUACUUCAACACAUUUGGCGGUAACCCCGUCUCCUGUGCCAUUGGCCUGGCGGUCCUCGAUGUCAUCGAGAGGGAGGAUCUCCGUGGCAACGCCCUGCGGGUGGGGAACUACCUGAGCCAGCUCCUCACCCAGCAAAUGGAGAAGCACCCACUGAUCGGGGAUGUCAGGGGCGUAGGCCUGUUUGUGGGGGUGGAGCUGGUGAGAGACCGGGUGAAGAGGACCCCAGCCACUGCAGAAGCCCAGGACCUCAUUUACAAACUGAAGGACCAGCGGAUCCUCCUGAGUGCGGAUGGUCCUCACAGGAAUGUGCUGAAGUUCAAGCCCCCCAUGUGCUUCUCUGAAGAGGACGCCCGGCUGGUUGUGGACAAGAUCGACCAAGUCCUUACAGAGCUUGAAAAAGCAACAGGUCUCCACACCCAGGCUGUCGCAGUCGCUGAGAACGGACCCAGCAAAAGAGCUAGGACAUGUGAGGAAAAUGGACGCCAUCCGUCGAGCGGAAAGGAGCACUUUAACGACUCGUGUAGACAGGAGGAGGCACAGUGCUGUGACAGACUGCCCGUUAAACGGCUCAGAACGUGAAGCCUCUUACAGGCCUUGCCACACAGUCCCGCCCUGCUGCUCUCUCAGAAAUACAGGUACGAAAAGUGCCUACAGCAGCACAAAUGCUUGUCGCUGGGGUGGUACCCUAUAAAAUAGUACCCCCAGCCAGCAAUAUAUAAUUAAGUUGUACCUUUUUUGCUUGGAAAACAUACUAAUUUGUACCCAUAGAGAACAUUACUGUCUGUAUUUUCAGGGUACAUUUGGUAAAUUUGAUAAUUGAAGAACAAAAAUGUACCUCCAUUGUAUUUCUGAGAGUGUAUCCAGCCAUUUUCUGUGUGUGUGGAUUGCUAACAUACAUUAGCAGCACGAAUGAAACCUAAUUUUCAGGGAUCACGCCUCCGCUUAUGAUUCUGCAAUUAAUUGAUUUCCAUGUUUUAAUGGUAAAGGAAAAAAUGUUUUUAAAUGCGCUCACGCCUUUCAAAAAAGUAUGUUUACUUUGAGAAGACAUGUUGGGUCAAUUACAGUGUGCUUAGCAGGAAUAUAAACCGCAGGUAUAACCUCUAGACCACAGAUUUGCAUACCAACUGGAGCAGAUAUCCAAAGCUGUGGACUAAGAUUGAGCAAUUGAAACUGGACACUGCACUGCAAUUGACCCCUUAUGCUUGUCUUCGUUUUAGUUUUUUUUGUGUGUUGGUAUUAAUUUUAUGCAAAAUACUCAGAUGGAUCUUUCCGCCUUCCUAUUGCCAGUAUUGCCAUUUUUGCCGGUGGAUUCCCACAGGAAUUGCAGAUAUGCACACCACCGGGAUGUAACACUGUGGUUUUGUUGGUGCUAAAGCAAACCUGCUGCCAGCUGUAGAGUACCCUGCAGCCACCAGCUCACUGCCUGUCAGUGUGUGACACACGUCACCUAUACACACACAUACGUGUGCACGCAAACACACACCCACAAACACAUGCAUAGGCACAGACACAAGUAUGCACACACCCUACACCCGACCCUACUCAUUCUGGUAACCGUGGUACUGUUAUGUUUUUUCUAUGAAGAAAAACUAGGACAAAAAUAUAUAUACACACACACACACUUCUCUGUUUUAAAAUGGAGGCUUGUCUAAGUUUUUUCUGCUGAGUGGCUGCAGGCCACCACGACAGUGCAGUCAGACUCUCAGGAAUCCAGGAGGGGCACAUUUACUGGAGCUGUUAUAAAUCAGCUGUCGCCCGACAGACGGACAAACAGGUGCUUUUAUUUCCACUACUUCUUUAUGGCCCUCAUAUAAGUCAAAUAAAUAUCUGUCAAGAA